AUGGCUGAUCAAGGCAAGAAGAGAAAAUCACCACCUGGCAAGAAGACUGCCUCCAAAGUAGUCAUCCCCACCCGAUCAGAUCUAGAACGCUUCAAACCGACGAGCGGCAGUAGCAAGGUCGCCCGAGUCACACCGAGCAGCAACGAAGGCACCAGGGUGAUCCGACCCAAACCGAGCGGCAGGAAGGUGGUUUGGGACAUCCCAUCGACGCCAUCAGAGCAUUCCGAAACGGAUGAAGAGCUAGACUGGACGAUCACUGGCAAGAGCAGAGAUCCUGAGAGCCCGACGCCAUCUUCCUCUUCUUCUUCCAGGAAAAGGCUGAAAACUUCGCACCCAUCCUCACCCACCCCCAAACCACCCAGCAAACUGAAGACAAAACCCUUGCCUUCAUCUCAGGAUCCCCCUAGACGCACCCGCAAGCUCCUUUCUCGAACUGUCAAAUCCCGCCCCUCAGCCAAGCCCAAAAAAACCUCUGGUAGCAAAGUGAAAGUCUCCUCAAAACGACCGAGCCUUCCAAAAUAUAAGCCAAACCAGAAGCUAGAAACAAUUAGUGAAGAAGAGUAG